UUCUACAACACUGCUGACAAUGGCAUCUCAGUUGUCAGAGGCAGAAGAGCGGGAACGGGUUUUCAGUGGCAAGGGGCGUUGGAACCAAGUCCGUUCCCUUGCUGAAGCCAAGAAUUUGAUGAAUCAUUUGUUUAAUCUGGCAUCUUCCUCCAGGUGUUCAUUGCGAGAUAGAGAAGUUGCCUGCAGGGAGAAGGACAUGGAAAUAAGAGAUAUGAAAGAAAAAGUAGUAAGGUUGAGCUGUUCACUUCGACAGUUGGAAAUGCAGAAGUCUGAACUCAUUCAUCAGUUGAAGUUGCUGAGGGCAAAGAGGUACUCAGAAUCUGUGGGGGAUUCGGUGUAUUACACAACUGGUGUAGGACAUAAGUAUGACUUGCGCAAGAUGGAAAACCGGCGAUCUACAAUUUUACUGGAGGAUAUGGAUUUAUCAAUAUCAGACACAGAAGCAGAUGAUUAUGCUAAAAAUGGGACUGAUGAUGAAUGGGUAGCAUCAGAAGACGAUGAAUGCGGAGCAUCAGAAAAAAUACAUGUUAGGAAAAGAAAGUCUAAGAGCAGACGUGCAAGCAUGGAAGACAAUCAGUCAAAUAUCAGUUCAGAAGAUGUAAAAGAUAAUUCAACAGAAGCAAAUGGAGGUGCAUCUGGGGAAACUGCAUCAGGAAUCUGCUGCUCUUGUAGUAAAUCUUCUUCUUGCAAGACAAACAAAUGCAAGUGCAAAGCUCUGGGCGGCACUUGUGGGAGUUCUUGUGGUUGCUUAGCAUCCAAGUGUGCCAACAGAAUAUCAGUCUCGAAUGAGUCACAAGUUGAAGGGACUGGUAAUGCUUCCAGUAUUGAGGAAUCAAAUAAAGAUCGCCUUCUUGCUGCUCAAGGGGCUGAAUUGCUUCAAGGUGCACUGGUUGAGGGGCCUGCUGAAGCCCACAGUGAUCAUGGGCCAAGAAAACCUCUUUCUGAUAUUGGAAAUACACUGGUGCGUCUUAUCAAACCCCUCGGCAAACCGCCGAAGUAA